GAAGAAAAGUGCAAUGUACCAUCUGGAGAAAAAGUGGAAGAAGCUGAACAACCCAGUGAUAUAGAAGAAGGAGGAUUAGAUCUCAGUGUGUCACUCAAACCAGUCAGUUUCUACAUCGCGGACAAAAAAGAAAUGCUUCAACAGUGUUUCUGUGUCAUAGGAGAGAAAAAACUACAGAAGAUGCUGCCUGAUAUUUUAAAGAACUGUUCCAUGGACGAAAUCAAAAGGCUUUGCUUGGAGCAGUUGGAGCUGCUAUCUGAAAAAAAACUGUUGAAGAUAUUUGAAGGCAAGAUUGGAGCUGAUUCUGAUACUGACGAGGAGGCAGAUGGAGGAGACAAGGCUGGAGGUGAACCAGUCAGUCAACAGGACAACAGUAUAGACUCUACUUCUUCUCUGAGAGAAGACAACAAGCUGGAAGGUCAGGAAUCAAAACAAG